UACGUUCUUUUCUAUGAGUUCAGAAGAAAACUUCGAUAGAGUUCUUCAAUCUGAAUUAUUUGAAUCACAAUGAAAAUCAGCGGGUUCGUUUAUCUCAUCCUUAUUACCACGAUAAUUAAUUUAUCGUUCAGUGAGGCAAAUAAUUAUUGUAAAAUUAAGUGUCGAUCAGGUAUCCAUACUCUCUGCAAAUUUGGAAUUUCGACAAAACCGAAUUGCGGUAAAAACGUAGUGAAAGGCAGUGGUCUAACGAAAGCAGAGAAAUUAGAAAUCCUAAAGCAGCACAAUGAAUUUAGACAAAAGGUUGCACGGGGCUUGGAGACCAGAGGUAAACCUGGACCGCAGCCCCCAGCGAAGAGUAUGAACACUUUGGUAUGGAAUGAUGAAUUAGCUCAAAUCGCCCAAGUAUGGGCUAGUCAAUGUAAAUAUGGUCAUGACGAUUGUAGGAAUACAGCAAAAUAUUCAGUCGGACAAAAUAUAGCCCAACAGAGUACCACAGCCGCUUCAUUCGGAUCGGUAUCUAAUAUGGUCCAAAUGUGGGCAGAUGAAGUGAAAAAUUAUCAAUACGGAUCAACAAAGAACAAACUAAUUGAAGUCGGCCAUUACACUCAAAUGGUUUGGGCUAAAACUAAGGAAAUUGGUUGUGGAAGUAUAAAAUAUAUUGAAAAUGGCUGGCACCGUCAUUACCUUGUAUGUAAUUACGGACCCGCCGGAAAUAUUGGAAAUGAACCAAUUUAUGAAAAGAAAUAAACGAAAAUUCAACUUUAUUCGUUUUAAGAUAAAACGAAUUCGCAAACAUUUUCUUAUGCGAGAAAAACGAAUAGUAUCGAUAUAAUAAUAAACAUUUCUUAAGAACAUUUCAGCUUUUAUAAGCCUUCUAAUUGUAUCUAUUUAAUCUAUGUAUCUGAUUUAUCAAAAUAAUAACGAAGCAAUGAUCAUCAA